CAGGUGAAAGGCAAACUGAAUGUGUGGGGGAAGACGUGCCCGAGCCUGCUGCCCGAUCUGGCGGUCGUUGAUGAGCGGUGCCUCGCGCGCCCCGAAGAGUUCGAGUUUCUCUUGUGCGAGUUGACGAAGAUCGGCCGCGCCGCGCUAGGCUACGACGACGCCACCGGGUGGCCAUCGCACUACCGCCGGGGCGCAGCUGCUCCGCAGGGCGACGUGGGCGAGGAGCAGGGCGACGACGACGACGAGUCGCAGUGCGACGCGUCGGCUAGCGAUGACGGGGCCAGCUCGGGCACAGACGAGGUCGGGCGCAGUUUCGCCGCCGCUGGAGCCUAA